CUUUUAUUUUCUUCUUUUAAUGUUAGCAUACAGUUGGUUGUUUUGAGUUUUAGACAGCAUUACUAUCUUUAACAUUGAUAAGAUUAUUGUUGUCACCACCAUUGUUAUUAUUAUUGUCAUCGUCACCAUCGUGAAUGGUAUCAAUGCUGUCAAUUUUCAAAAGGAGUCAUUUAAAACAAUCAACAAAUCUAGUUAUCCUAUGCUUCUUCUUAUAUAAAUUAACUGAAACACUCUUACAGUAUGGUACACGUAUUGAAAUUUAUAAAACUGUAUGCAUAGCAUUAACAAAUUUUACAAAACCUAAUGAAAAUUUUUGUUCUGAUGAAAAUUAUGUGAAUGAAAAGCAACAAGAUACAAGAAAUUAUGAAAUGUUAACAAAAGUUCAAAAAGCAUCAGGAAUCUAUUUAUUAAUAUAUCGUAUACUGCUAAAUUUACCAGCGGCUAUUGCAUGCCUUAUUUAUGGUGUUUGUUCAAAUAAAUUUGGUCGUAAAAUCUCUAUGCUUAUACCAUGUUUAGGUGCAACAAUUGCAUGUACACUGUUUAGUGCAAGUCUGUCACCAGAAAUAAAUUUAAUCUAUGGAUCUACAACAUUAAUAUUAAUCGGUGGAACUAUAUAUGGGAUAUGCGGUAAAAGUAGUGCUGUUACUAUGGGUGCUAAUAGUUAUAUUACUGAUAUGAGUAGUACAAGUAAUCGUACACGUAUGCUUGGACGUUUACUUGGUGUAAAUUGUCUUGGUUUAACAAUUGGUACUGUAUUAUUUAAUCAAAUGACAAAAUCAGGAGAACAAGACAUAAUUCUUUUGUAUUUACGUAAUAAACCAACAUUAUGGACUAGUCAGUUAUAUGGUUUUUAUAUGGCAUGUUAUUAUGGUUGUAUGUUUUUACACUUAACAUUAUUCUUACCAAUAAUUGAACAUAGGUAUACACCACAUGAUACUACAUUAAUUUUAAUUGGUUUAUCAUUGAAAAUAUUUCGUUUAUUAUUAUUUUCUAUUACAAUGAAUAAAUUUUGGAUAUUUUUUGGUGCAAUAAUAGGUUCAGCUGCUGGCUACAUUACAUCAGCUACACGUUCAUUAAUUAGUAAACUUGUUAAAGGUGAUGAAAUUGGUGCAUCUUUUGCUCUUAUUUCAAUUAUGGAAACAAUUGCUAAUUUAUUUGGUGGAAUGUUAUUCACGCUAGUUUAUAAUUAUACUUUAAAUUAUAUUUCAUCAUUUAUUCUACUCUUUGAUGCAUUUUUACAUAUAUUAGUAUUCAUUUUAAUUAUUUGGUUACGUUUUAAAUUUCUUAUUUAUGAGAAAAGUUCAAAUAAUAUUAUGCAUAUUAGUCAAGAUUUUAUCGAUCAAUCAUAAAGUGGUUAUUUUGGUUUUUGUUGUAAAAAUUUGAACUUCAGCAAUUGGUGAUCUGCUUGAAUCACUGAACUACCAAAAUUUUCAUCUUUUCUGUAUUUCUUAUUGUUUUUAAUUGUACAAUUAUAUUAAAUGACCAUCAUAUGAACUCACAGGCAUAUUUCAUAAACACGCCAUCCCCCUUCACACACACACACACACUAAACCCUGUGCAGUUCUUCAAGAAGAAAAUAAAGGAAAAAUGUACAGAGAUGAACCUUUCUUCAUAUGCAACAAGGUUACGUAAUAUCAUAUACUUCAUAUUAUUACUUUACAUGUAAAUCCUGUAUGAAGGGAAAAUAUUAUAGAACUAGGUCUUCUGGAAAUUUCUCUAACAUAUAUUGUGGAUAAUAACUAAUGGGUUUAAUAAUCUAUCUAUCUAUCUACACUGCUGUCAUAUUUUAUGGUACUUAUUUUGUGAUAUUUUUGAGUUCGGUAACAUUUAAUGUUGUAUAUUUUUUUUUGUACAAAUACUAUUUGUGUAAUAUCUGUUACAUUUCAUAUGUCCG